CACCGUUUCCAUGGAAACGUAAACAAAACGGUUCCAAUUGUGGCAGUGAUUUCUCUACACACACUCCGCUCACUGCGCACAACUCUCAGUUGGUUGUUUGUUCUAUUGGCUGUAAUGAGCCCAUGCUCAUUGUUACUAACCGAGUAGCUGCAUUUGCUUUUAAUCUAGCAACCAGAAUGGACUUGAACAGCGUUCGGCGCGUAUCCUCUGCAGGUUACCGGUUACCGGCCCGGAACAACGGGCCCAGGCCGGUAUCAAGCCAGCCUGCAGCGAACAGGACGCGGCAGGCUAAAGGAGACGCGGCGUCCGCGGAUCUGAAUCCGGACAAGAGUGAUCCAGUUAAACAGGACCAAGUGUGGAAAGAGGCGGUAUGGAGUGAGAGGAGAGGAGUGCGGGAAUGGGAGAAGAAAUGGGACUUUCUCAGGAACUAUGAUCAGAUGGGGCAGCCAAAGUCAGAGGAGCCUCUACCCACCUACGUGUCACUCUUCUCUGAUCACGUCCCCAACACCACCAAUCAGAUGCUUGGCAGCAGACUGUCCACUCCACUGGGGAGCGAACUGGUUAGACUGGACAGGCUGGUACUCUGGCCUGGAAACCAUCACAAGCGCAAGCAGGAUCCAGAGAUGCAGCCCUGCUAGACCUCUGCACAUCUGGUCUGUUUGGGACUGUACCUUCCUUAUGUGGAGCUUAGAUGGCACGGUGUGGCACUCGCCGUAGCUCAGCCUGUUUGGAUUUGAUGUUGUGGAGUUUUUUUUCCUUUUAGUGGAGAGUGAAUAUUUUACGUAAAAUACAGACAAUACUAGGCAUAUCAGGGAAAGAGUUAGGAGUAUAUGAAAAUGAUGUCUGCUGUCCUUCAUCUGCUGAUUUAGAUGCAGUAUUUCACUGAUCAUAUUUUACUUAAAGUCUAGAAAUUGUGUUUAUUCAUAUAUUUGGGUAUGCCACAUGCAAGGAGUACAAAACUACUAAAACUAAAGGCAUUUGCCUCGAGAAGAGAGGUGAGAAGACACCGGCAGAUCAGAUUCAUGUCAUCCGAGCUCAGGUAUUUAAUCAGAUACUUGAUAAUCAAACAAGAUACCUGAUCAAAUUUGGAUGAGUGAAAGGUUGUAUCACCACUAUAUUUCUCUGUUAACUAAAAUGUUGCUGCUGAAGAACCAAACAGCUCUACCAUAAGGAUCAUAUGAGAAUCUUACUCACUGAUGCUAUCACAAUAUAUCUUAUUUUGGUGUUAAAUUGGUUUUAUUUUGUAUUUUUCAAUUGAAAAAUGGCUUGAAUAGCUACAUAUUGUUAUAUGUUUACCAGGACCUCUAAGCCAUUGUUCCAUGGUGUAGCCAUGGAAUUACAUUCAUUUCAUUAGUGUGACUAUCAUGAUGAUGUAGCUUAUACCCAUGUGCACUUUAUGUGAACGGCAGCGUAUCUCAGGAUUCAGCACCAUUGUAGCUGCCUUAAAAUGUCACUGUAUAUUGUUAUGUUGUUAUGAAUGACUGCCCCAUUGUCUCAAUCGGAAUACAAACGUUAGUCCCCAAUGAAUUUGACAAACUGAUCUUCAAAUAGUUUAAUGAUCUGGAUGUUGCUGAAUUGUAACCAAAGUCAAGCUUCUUAUUGGAAUAAAUAUUUUGCAAUCUAAA